CGCGCACCAGCCGCGGGACUCGGAGCGGCGGGAGGAGGAAGAGGAGGAAGAGGAGCGCAGCGUGUCUCCGAGUCUCCGGCUGGCAGGAUGCGGCUCCGGACCGUCUCGGUUCUGCUGAUGUCCCUCCUCGGCUCAGGCCUGGCCCUCCAGAUCCAGUGCUACCAGUGUGAGAUGACGGACGACUGCGCCGCGCCCGAGUUCAUCGUCAACUGCACCGUCAACGUUCAGGACAUGUGCCAGAAGGAGGUGCUGAUGAACGACGACGGGAUCCUGUACAGGAAGUCGUGCGCCUCCUCCUCCGCCUGCCUCAUCUCCUCCUCCGGCUACCAGCAGUUCUGCACCGGGAAGCUCCACUCUGUCUGCAUCAGCUGCUGCAGCACGCCGCUCUGCAACGGGCCCCGCCAGAAGAGGCGGCCCUCGCCGUCGUCCGGCACGGCCCCCGCCGGGCCCCCGAUCCUCAUGUUGGUCCUCCUCCUGCUGGACUCCAUCCUCUGCUGACAGAGACUCACUGAUCCUGAUUUCAUCCUGAUUUCACUGAUUGUCUGAAAACCAGAACAGGAAACAGGAAACAGGAAGUUACUUUAACAUCAGAGCAGAUCCGCCAUUUCUACUGUCAGGACAGAGUUAGCAUGCUAACAGCUCGCUAGUAAACGGGGUAGAAAUAAACAGCAUAGAUCAGUUAUCACAUCACAGCGAAACAACAGAUUUUACACCAAUUAAAGGAGCAUUUCAUAUUUUAUUAAAUGUUUGUUUCUCUGAACA